GCGUACACGACUCUCUCUCUCUCUCUCUCUUUUCCUCAGUAGUUAAAACUGCGUUGACUGAGAGCUAUCAAAACCCUUUUCCAAUUAUGCCCUCCAUUAACCCGAACAAUCUCACCCUCGUCCCGCCGCUAACCAUCUCCGGCUCAUCUCCGGUAUGGCCUGCCCCGUAAAUUUAUGCUAAUCUCAGGGGCAAAAAGGAACCAAAAGGAAAAAAAGCUCACAACAAUCUCAAUCAAAUCUCUUACCAGCAAAAGAAAAACCCUAGCUUUGGUUUUGGGGUGGCUGAGUCGGUAAAUUCGUGCAUGAAUUUUGGGCAAAAGAGAAGGCGUACGAUUUCUUAGCUUCGGAGAAUGAAGAGAUUGAGGCCUAGCGACGAUCUCGAUUCGACGUCGUAUGGAGAUAAAUGCAAAGAUCCGAAUCCGAAUUUGAGUUCGGGUUCGAAUACGAACCGGUCGUCGUCGCAUAGGGGCUUCUACUACAAGUCGCCCGAGAAUGUGCGGAUCAAGGGUUUGUUGUCUUCGUCGGCACGGUACGAGCGGGACCGAUCAGCGGCCGACGAGGAUCGCGAGGGGUCGAGGAUGGUGAGGAAGCGGCCGGAGCACGAGUUCGACGGGGGAUCCGAUCGGCGGAAGGGAGGCUUCGAUCGGUACGGCGGAGGCUACGAUCGUAAUUUGAUGCACCGGUCAGAGAGCUUCUGCGGGGGGUUGUCUUCGUCCUCAGCGGGGAGGAGGGAGUUUCCGAAGGGGUUCCGGUCGGAGCGGUCCUCUUCGGCUGCGAUGGAUCGGUCCCGGCGGGAGGGGAGCGUGUCUUCGUGGCGGCGAUUCGGGAGCAACAACAACAACAAUGGAAAUAAGGACUCUGAGGUGAAGUCUCCGACGGCGAGAAUCGGAUUGAGGGACGUGAAGUCUCCGACUUGGUCUAGGGAUUCGGCGACGAGCGAGUCGACAAGAAUGGUUAGGGCCUCGAAUUCGGGAUCAUCGCCGGUAAGAGGCGCAAGAGUAUUUUCCAGUUCAAGGACGACGAGAGAGGAGUCCAAAUCGAAGUCCAAGUCGAAGUCGCCGAGUUGGUCGAGGGAAUCGGGGGCGAGCGAGCAGCAAUCGAGGAGUGUGGAGGUGGAGGCGGAGGCGGAGGUUGUGAAGAAGGUUGCUAUUGAACAUGAGGAGGAGGAGGAGGUGCAGAAUGAGAGUAAGAGUAGUAGUGAAAUGGAGGAAGGAGAGCUGGAGCCGGAGCCAGAACCAGAAUCGAAACCUGAACCCGAAAGGGAAUCGGGUCAUGAAGUUGAGGCCGAAGCCGAGUCGGAGAGGAAGGAGGUGAAAGAUCGUGUGGGGUUGGAGAUCGAUAGUGAGAAGGCUGUUGAAGUUGGGGGUGUGGAGGUAGGGGCUAAUGAAGAAUUGGGUAAAGAAGAUAAGGAGAAACAGAGAAAGAGAGAGAUAGAGAGAGAAAGGGAGGUGACCAAGAAGGAGAGUGUUUGUGAGGAGAGGAAAGAAAAGGAAGUUGAUGAAGAAGUGCAAGAGAGUAAUAGUGAUAGUGGUAGUGGUAGUGAUAGUGAUAGUGAGAACGAUUUGAUUGAUGAGUCACGAGGCGGAAGCGUUGAUGAGAUUGGAAUGGCAGCGAAUGAUGAAGGUGGUGGUGGUGGUGAUAAGGAAGAAGAGGGUGUCAAGGAAGAUGGGGAGUGUGAGGAGGAGGAGGAAGUGAAGAAGAAUGUGGUUGUUGAUGACAAGCCUUUGGGUUUUGAAGAGGAGUGUAAGCAGCAAGGUAAGGAGGGUUUAAUAGAUCUUGAGGCCAAGGCAGAGGGUGUGGACGUAGCGGAAUUGAAUGAGGAGGAAAAUGGAGGAGGGAAUGGAGUGAAUGUGGGGAUUGAAACAGAGAGUUUGAGGACUCAGGAUUUCAAGGACAAAGGCAAAAGUGUGUCGAUUGAACCUACCCAUGUGGUGGAUUCUACUGAAGAUGGUGGUGUGUGGAUUGGAAGGGACGGGAGGGAUGAUGAUGAUGAUAUGGAAGGACCGAGUACUCGGGGCUUCGAGCUGUUCUCGACCUCACCUGUUAGACGACAGGAGAAAGAUGAUCGAUCUGGUGUUAAUAAUAAGAAGGAUGAAAAGCUGGUGCUAGAGCCGUUUGAUCUUUCGCUGAGCUUACCGAAUGUUUUGUUACCGAUUGGUGCUGCUCGUGAUACGAACCAAGCUGCUCCUGGUUCACCUAGUCAAGCAAGGAGUGUUCAGUCCUUAAGCAAUACUUUUUGUACUAACUCGGAUGGAUUAACUGCAUCGAUGUCUUUUUCAGGUUCUCAGUCGUUUUUCCACAACCCGAGCUGUUCUCUGACGCAGAAUUCGAUGGACAACUUUGAACAAUCAGUUGGCAGCCACCCCAUAUUUCAGGGAAUCGAUUGGCAGGGACAGUCCCAGAAUGAGUCUAAGCAGAAAGAAAUUCCCUUGUAUCACAGAAUCUUGAUGAAUGGAAAUGGGCCAAAUGGCUCUCUUAGUCAGUCUCCAGUAUUACAGGGCAGUUCGAAUGGUCAAGCUACGCAAGGACAACAUCACAGGGUUUUAGAAGGAAGCUCUAAAAUGGGCAAUGGGUUAGAGAGGCAGUUGAGUUUUCAUAGGCAGUUGUCUGGUGGACAGUCAAGGCACCACGACGAUGUUAGAUCACCUUCGCAGAGUGUAGGGUCUCAUGAUAUUGGAUCAAAUUAUAGUUUCGACAAGAAACGAGGAAUGAGAGAGAAGAGUAGUGGUAGUUUAUAUAGGACUAGUAGCCAGAAGGAGCUUGAACAGCUUCCAAUAGGUGGAGUGGAAUUUGUUGAGACGGUCAUUGCCCGGAUAGUUGCUGAACCGGUACAUGUAAUGGCUAGGAGAUUGCAUGAGAUGGCCGGACAAUCCAUAGCGUGUCUAAAAGAGAGCGUUCACCAGAUCAUGUUGAAUGUUGACAAGCGACCACAACUACUCGCGUGUCAGAAAGCAUUGCAGAACAGGUCUGACAUAACCAUGGAGAUGCUACUGAAAUCCCAUCGAGCUCAGUUGGAAAUUUUGGUCGCUUUGAAAACUGGGCUGCCAGAUUAUCUCCAGCAAGACAACAGUGUUUCACCUACUCAUUUGGCUGAGGUUUUUCUGAACUUGAAAUGCAGAAAUCUUACUUGUAAGCAGUCUUUGCCUGUGGAUGAAUGUGAUUGCAAGGUUUGUGUGCAGAAGAAUGGUUUUUGCAGUGCUUGUACGUGUCUUGUGUGCUUGAAGUUUGACAUGGCGUCAAAUACAUGUAGUUGGGUUGGUUGUGAUGUUUGUCUUCAUUGGUGCCAUGCGGAUUGUGCGUUGCGGGAAUCUUAUAUUAGAAACGGAAGGAGUGCUACUGGCGCUUAUGGGCCGACCGAGAUGCAGUUCCAUUGUGUUGCCUGUGAUCAUCCUUCUGAGAUGUUUGGCUUUGUGAAGGAGGUUUUUCAAAAUUUUGCGAAGGACUGGACAGCUGAAACUCUUUCUAGAGAGCUUGAAUAUGUGAAAAGAAUUUUUCGCGACAGCAAGGACAUGAGGGGGAGACGACUUUAUGAAAUUGCUGAUCAGAUGCUGGGAAGAUUGACUAAUAAGUCUGACCUUCAUGAAGUUUACAGUCAUAUCAUGGCUUUCCUUAAUGAUGGCAACUCUUCCAAGUUAGGCAAGACACCUAUCUCAUCUGGGAAGGAACAAGGUAAAGAAAGCAACGGGAUGGCCGGGCCAAGCCAGGAACCGAUCUGGCUAAAUUCUGUAUAUUCGGAGAAGGGGCCUCAGUUGGAAAGGGUAGCUAGUAUACUCCCUAGCUUCAGUUAUGACCGGAAUGAUAAGCGUGUUUUGGAAUCGGAGUUGCAGACAAGUGUUCAAAAGGAACCUCUCUUUGAUGAAUUGGAGAGUAUUGUGAAAAUCAAACAUGCAGAGGCUAAAAUGUUCCAAGCACGCGCUGAAGAUGCAAGAAGGGGAGCCGAGGGCCUGAAACGUAUUGCCAUUGCAAAGAGUGAAAAAAUUGAAGAGGAGUAUUCAAGUCGAAUCGCGAAGUUGCGUUUGGCUGAGGCGGAAGAAAUGCGUAAACAAAAAUUGGAAGAACUCCAGGCCCUAGAGAGAGCACAUAGAGAAUACUUCAAUAUGAAGAUGAGGAUGGAAGCGGAUAUCAAAGAUCUGUUACUGAAAAUGGAAGCUACAAAACGAAACCUUUCCAUGUGAUUAGCAGCUGGUCAAGAGGUUUGCCUGUAGAAUUGUCAUCUUCUCAGGUAAUUGUUUCCCUCAAGUGCCAACAUUUCUGUGUUGUAUUUUAACAUCAUGGUUCCAUCGGCUUUAGUUCAUGAUCAGUAGGUGUAUUUUCUGUUUUAGGUUUGUUAUUUUAUUUUAUUUUUCUGUUCAAGCCGCUAACCAGAAUUUGUACAGAGACUGCAACAUCUCUUUAUAUGUUAAAAGGGUUCCCAUUUAGGGUAGCAAUAUGAAAGAGAUAAUUAUAGAUCAAACUU